AUGAGUUCAAUAUCCCAAAGUGUGUUGAUGGCACUGACUGUUACGGUCAACAAGUUUGCUUCAUCAAAUGUUCAUGCAGUUCAUAAAAAAGAUGGUAAAAGACCAACUACAGCAACAAGGGCAGCUGAUAUUGGAAGAAGAGGAGUCCUCUUAUCCACUGUGGUUGCUGUAUAUUCAGUCAAUGACUCAAGGACUGAGCUUCUCAAAAAAUAUUUGAAGAAAUCAGAGGAAAACAAGACCAAAAAUGAUAAGGAGAGAAUGGACAGCUAUUACAAGCGGAACUACAAGGAUUACUUUGACUUGGUAGAAGGAUCUUUAAGAGGGAAGAACGAGCAGGAGCUAACUGAAACAGAGAAGGGUAUUCUUGAUUGGCUUAAGAAAAACAAAUGA